CACUAUUUUAGGGGACAUCCAUUUUAAUGGUGUCCGAAUUCAUAGUGUACAUAAUUGAGUGUACUCAUUCAAUCCCAUGAUGCAUCAUAAUAACGAGUGUACAACCGAUGCACACUCACGGCUAGCUGCUAGCGAUCUAUCGUGAUGCUCGCGCUGAAUGAAUUCCCGCGUCUUGGCAGAAGAUGGCGCCCGAAUUAAUUCCAGUGCACCGACUGUCCGAAUUUACUCACUCGUCUUCACCCGCUCCUUUAAGUGGACUACAUUAAUGAUAUAAUGUAGGGAAUAGUGAAUUAGGGUAUAUUGGGCGAUUUUGGGAACAGACCUAGUGUUGUGGGCGGUCUCCUUAUAGUGACGUCUUCAGCACGCGUCCUGUUUAUACUUUCGAUUCAGAGCCCUUUCGCGUCAAACACGUUUUAUUAAUAUGGGAACCGAUGAUUCUUUCUGUUAUCGGUUUGCGAAGUAAUUUUUGUUAGCAGGUACGUUAAUCGACCUUAUUUCUGUUUAAGUAGCUGAUGGUGUAAUGUCAAAAUUAUAUCUUCCGUGUGUCCAACGUGAAGCGAAGAAACAGACACGCAGUGUGAUAACAAGAACCAAAUGUCAAGCUGCAGUAAUGGGUCAGUCGACAAGCUAUCAAAUGCAGUCUGCUGCAGAUUUUAAAACCGGAUCAGAUGCAUGCAGAACUCUAGGUGCGGCAGUUCCUCUGGCUGUUGUGGAGGAGAUCUUACUGAAUCUGCCUGCAAAGGAUGUGGUACUGAUCUGUCGGUUGGUGUGUCGUGACUGGAAGGAGCUGGUGGACAGUGCCGCACACUGGAGAGCGCGCUGUCGGAGAGAGGGGUUCGAGCUCCGCGAUGCGUCCAGACCACCAAACGACUGGCGCCAAUUUUACUUUCUGUCAAAGAAACGACGUAACCUGCUCAAAAAUCCCAGAGCUGAAGAGAAGUUUAAUCGAUGGAAGCUGGUUGAGAAUGGUGGAGACGGCUGGAAAAUAGAAGAGAAUGUUAAAUCACUUCCAAAUGAAACAAUUGAAAAAAUGUUUGUCACCUCUUAUGGGAUGUGUCUAAAGGAACAGCUGAUUGAUUUGAAAAAAGAAGGCUACAGUCCUGCAUUUAUGGAUCACUUGCAACCUGGCAUUAAAAUAUCAGACUGGUAUGCCCCACGCAGGGAUUGUGGAAGUUUUUACCGGAUCCGCGUAGAGCUGCUUGAUCAGAAGAAUAAACCCAUCAGGACAUUUGAGCCUGACCCAGUUUAUUUUGAGCAGUGGAAUGAUCAAGAGUGGUGUCAAAUGACACAUGUCUUCAAACUUUAUGGACCUGGAGUUCGGUUUAUUCGUUUUACUCAUGGAGGGCAGGAUACAAAGUACUGGGCUGGCUGGUAUGGAAUACGGGUUAUUAACAGCAGUGUAGAGAUCUGUCCAGCUGCAGAGAGAUGAUUUUUCUAUUCUCAUUGAUAUAAAAUAUUCUGGUAUAUCUUAAAAAACACCUUAAAUAUAUAUAUAUAUAUAUACACCUUACAUCAAAUACUCACUGUAUUCAUAAUUUUUGCAUUCUCAGCAUGUAACCUUGCUAAUGACACUUUUUUUUUUUACAAAAUAAUCAACAAUGAUUAUUUUCGUUUUAUUCUCUCAGUCUUCUGAAUUGAAUGCAUGUUUUUUAUAUUUAUAACAUCAUAAAUCAUUUAAAUGUCACUAGAUCCACCAUUCAUAUAUUUAAGUGUUUGUUGAAUUCCAUCAAAAGCAAACCUUAGUGACAGUCAGCAAUAUGAAAGCCUGAGAGCAUGAUAAUAAACUAAUUUAAAAAAAUAAGGGUUAUAUCAUAAAAUAUAUAUUUUUUUACUGUUUUGUGUUGCUUAAAAUUAAAUGAACUUUGUUUUUUUGCAAUGUUUCUGUUUCUGUUCA